AGGAAAGGAAGGAAACGCAGCUAAUUAUACCGCGGCUUCAGGCCUUCCUUCCUUCCCUACUCGCUGUCGCCUUCCACCAUCUCCGCCACCUUCUCCUUCCCUCCCAAGAUCUCUUCUUUGGAUGCCGCGCUGAAAGAUUCGCUUUCUUGGUUGGUUGGUUGAUCGAUCCGGUGCCCGGAUUUGGGGAGGAAUUAAAGGUGGCGCCUUGGCGAAGCAGUAGAUUCUUUGAUUGCUUGUUUGAUUGGUGGUUCUUGAGCGAGAAGAGAGAGACUGAUUGAUUGGUGGAGAAGCUGUGAGGUGGGGUUUGAAAGGAGGCGCGUUCUUGUGGGGGAUUUGGGAAGGGGGGGGGGGGAAUUUCGGUCUCGUUGGUUCGGAUCUUGUUGGUGUGUAGUAGUAGUAGUUGGGCAUGAGCGUCGGGGGAGAUGGGGAUGGAUUACUACAACGUGCUGAAGGUGAACCGGAACGCGACGGAGGAGGAUCUCAAGAAGUCGUACCGGCGGAUGGCGAUGAAGUGGCACCCCGACAAGAACCCCGGCGACAAGAAGAAGGAGGCCGAGGCCAAGUUCAAGAAGAUCUCCGAGGCCUACGAGGUUUUGAGUGAUCCACAGAAGAGGGCAAUAUAUGAUAAAUAUGGAGAGGAGGGUCUGAAGGCCUCUGUGGAUGCAGGGGCUUCAUCAUCCAUGAAUGGCAACCGCCGGUUCAAUCCUCGGAACGCUGAAGAUGUAUUCGCCGAGUUCUUUGGCAGCAGCAAGCCCUUUGAGGGAAUGGGGCGCGCAAAGUCAAUGAGGUUCCAGACAGAAGGUGCUGGCACUUUUGGUGGAUUUGGUGGUGGGAAUGAGAACAAGUUCAGAUCAUACAAUGAUUCAGCCGGCACCAGUUCAAGCCAGCCCCGGAAGCCACCAGCCGUGGAGACAAAAUUGCCUUGCACACUGGAAGAGCUAUAUGCUGGUUCGACGCGAAAGAUGAAGAUAUCCAGGAACGUUGUCAGGCCUACUGGCCAAAUAGGAACUGAAUCAGAGAUUCUAACUAUCGAUAUAAAGCCCGGAUGGAAGAAAGGAACCAAGAUUACGUUCCCGGACAAGGGGAAUGAGCAGCCAAACCAGCUCCCUGCUGACCUUGUAUUUGUAAUAGAUGAAAAGCCCCAUGAUCUGUACACAAGAGAAGGUAAUGAUCUCCUUGUGCACCAGAAGAUUGAAUUGGUGGAUGCGUUAGCAGGAACCACCGUUAAUCUGAAGACUCUCGAUGGCCGGGACCUGGUGAUCAAGCUCACUGAUGUGGUCACACCUGGGUACGAGCUCGCGAUCGCAAAGGAAGGGAUGCCUAUUGUCAAGGAGAAUGGGAGGAGAGGCAAUCUAAGGAUCAAGUUCGACAUCGUUUUCCCCAAGAGGUUAUCGUCAGAUCAGCGGCAGAACAUUAGGAAGGUUCUUGGAGGGCAAACUCAGCAGCAGUGAGCACAUUUUCAGAAGCAAAUCGACUGUGCCAUAGUUCUUGAGAUAAACAGACUAAUUCAGAGCUCUUGUUCUUCUUCUCCAGUUGGCUUGUACACAUAGUUAUUUUUCAUUUGGAGUUGUUCAUCUUUGAUCUGCCCCCCUUCUUGGAAAAAUAGCAAUGUUAAUUGAUGACCACUACACGUGUAAGCAAAAACACAUAUCAUUACACUUGAAAUACAGAGUGCAAUGCAAUGUACGUUUGGUGAA